GAGGGGGGAGGAAACAAAAACAACUCAACGCCAUUUUGGACUUAGGCCUACUUUGCUAAUUAUGAAUUCCGGGAGACUUCGAGCACACCAUUCGCAUCAAAUGAGCUGAGGAUUUGUACUGUGGCUUUUCCCUUUCUUAUAAUCCUUCAUCGCCCCCCCCCCCCCCUCCUUUUCCCCCUUACGCGAAUUGCGUUUUAUUAUUUUUAUUGGAACGUGCGCUCUGAGCGAACCAACUCAUCGUGUGUAUGUGGGGAAAAAAAAGACGACCGAAGUGUGAUGCGCCUCAAAUUCCCAUCUUUUCUGAAUGAAGUUGCCCGCUGAAGAAGAAAAAAGGUGGAUCGCAGCCAGUAACUAGUCAGGAGACGUGGUGGAGCCGCAGAGAAAUUUCUUUCCUUUGGAAGCGAAACGUUUUAUUUUGAUUAGUCCAUUUUCUUAAAGCUGUCCAAAAAAACUCAUCAUGGGAGCUGGUACCAAGCUUGCGUUUGUUGUGUUUUUGAUUUCGUGCUCUUCGGGUGCUAUACUCGGUCGAUCCGAGAAGCAAGUAUGCAUUAUCUAUAAUGCAAAUAGGGAGAAAGACCGAACAAAUCACACUGGGAUUGAGAACUGCGUUGAAGAAAAAGAUAAACGGGGCCACUGUUAUGCCACGUGGAAGAACUCCUCUGGUACCAUUGAAAUUGUGAAAGGAGGCUGCUGGCUGGAUGAUUGGAACUGCUAUGACAAGGGCGAAUGUAUCGAGACAAAAGAGAGCCCUGAAGUGUUCUUCUGUUGUUGCGAAGGAAGCAAGUGUAAUGAGAGAAUUUUUCAUGUCCCAAUCGUUCAGGAUGUACCAUCAACAUCAAAUCCUGUUACAAUGAGGCCACCGCUCUUCAAUACUUUACUUUAUUCACUGGUACCCAUUAUGGGAUUUGCAGUGGUUGUGUUGUUCUCUUUCUGGAUGUAUAGACAUCACAAGUUGGCAUAUCCACCAGUACUUGUACCAACUCAGCAUGCCUUUCAUAUAGAGAUAGAGGACCCAGGACCAAUACCACCUUCUCCAUUGCUUGGUCUGAAACCUCUGCAGCUACUGGAGGUCAAAGCCAGAGGACGCUUUGGUUGUGUAUGGAAGGCCCAACUGCUUAAUGAGUACGUGGCAGUCAAAAUAUUCCCAAUUCAGGACAGACAGUCCUGGCAAAAUGAAUAUGAAAUAUACACUUUACCUGGAAUGAACCACGAAAAUAUUUUAGACUUCCUUGGUGCAGAGAAAAGAGGCUCAAAUAUUGACAUGGAGCUAUGGUUGAUAUCUUCAUUCCAUGAAAAGGGUUCUCUGACAGAUUAUCUGAAAGCUAAUGUGGUGUCUUGGAAUGAAUUAUGCCAUAUUGCUGAGAGCCUGGCUAGAGGACUAGCAUAUCUUCAUGAAGAUAAACCUGGUUUAAAAGACGGACACAAGCCUGCAGUUGCCCACCGGGACUUCAAAAGUAAAAAUGUGCUGCUGAAAAAUAAUCUCACUGCAUGUAUAGGAGAUUUUGGUUUGGCUUUGAGAUUUGAAGCUGGGAAGUCGGCUGGUGACACCCACGGCCAGGUUGGCACCAGAAGAUACAUGGCUCCAGAGGUCUUGGAAGGUGCAAUAAACUUCCAGCGUGAUGCAUUCCUUAGGAUAGAUAUGUAUUCAGUGGGACUUGUGCUCUGGGAAUUAGCAUCAAGAUGCACAGCCACUGAUGGGCCAGUGGAUGAAUAUAUGUUGCCAUUUGAAGAGGAAGUUGGACAGCAUCCAUCCCUUGAAGAUAUGCAAGAGGUGGUUGUGCACAAGAAGAUGAGGCCUGUUUUCAGAGAAUAUUGGCUAAAGCACGCUGGGAUGGCUAUGUUGUGCGAGACCAUAGAAGAAUGCUGGGAUCAUGAUGCAGAGGCACGAUUGUCUGCAGGUUGUGUCGCAGAACGUAUUACUCAGAUGCGAAGACUAAUGAGCACGAUUAAUACAGAUAGCAUAGUGACUGUAGUUACUAUGGUAACAAAUGUUGACUUUCCACCCAAAGAAUCCAGCCUAUGAUGGCUUCAAAGGUCAUGAAGCAGACCAAUAGACUACAGCAGAGCUGCUAUCUCCUGAAUUUAUUUCACUGGUUACAACAAACAAUUCAGUAUCUUGUCCUUGCGCACUUAACAGAACUGGUGGCCAUUGCAGUGGCAAGUGGAUAAUAGAGGCAACAGGUACUACAUUCAGUGAUCCAGUCAGAGAUGAUGUUGAAGAUAACGUGGUUGUUGAAAAGAUCACUUGAUACUUCAUUGUGCAUCACUCGGGAUAUUGGAAGGUAACUCUUUUUGCAGCAAGAAAGCUAAGCACGUAUCAAACAUCGCUCUCAAAUUUGACAACAUGAGCUUAGUUGGAGUGCACCAGAUAACUGGCUUCUCAUGAAGAUGUCGCAGUCCCUCAGAUGGAUUACUGUUAAUUUUUAAUAACAGUACAUUUAAUUUCAGAAAGAAGUGCGAUUCAUUUUUAUUGCAUUUAAUAUUUGCGUUCACAAAAGAACUAUUGUAAUGCCAAUAUGACAUAGCUUGUGAAUGUUCAGUGUGCUGCUGUUAUAUGUAUAAACAAAUCAAGGUUUUUUGGGACAUAGCAAAGAAGCUUCAAGCAUUACAUUAUAACCAUAAACCUCCCUCAACAAGGUAUACCUCAGUUUCCAUAUUUGAUAAACUAUAUUAGUAAUUUUAGUUUAACACUAACUGACUUUAAUUGACAGUUGACCUUAAAUGUGAUUUAAGUAUUAAUUCACUACAAUUAUACUAUACCUUUCUAUGCCAAUGGGAGAAGGCUAUUCAAAACAGUGUUUCUGCCUUGUUGUGCAAGCUCCAUGUAAUAAUUUCUAUCAUGCAGUUGUCUGCUUUUAAUAGCUCCUUUGCUACGCGAAGCUUUGGAGAUAUCUUUUGCCCAAAAUUGGCUUUCAAAUGCACUUCCUUAUUUUAGAUUUGCCGUGUCUAUAGAGAAUUCAGAGAUGUACGCAUGCUUUUCUGUUUUUAAACUUGCAAGAUAUAGUUAACACUGGAGGUGUUUUUUUUAAUUUGAAUGCUUUUAUUUUGAAAAGUAAUAUAUCCUUUGUUUUCUUUCAUUACACAUGUAAAGUAAUUUUGCAUACCUGUUAUAAGUGCAGUCAUUAAUCUACUGUGUCACUGUACCAACGUAACCUCAGGAAUUUGUUACCUGAAACCCUCUCUGUUUUGAGUUGUGGUGACAAUCCUACACUAAUGUCAGUGCCAUUUUAGUAAGCUUAGAAAAACUUACAAGGCAACAGAAAUAUUUUUUUUAAAGAAUAAUAUAUGCAAUAGAUACAAAUACAGCUGACAGGUACUAACUUCUGUUCUUAAACAAUAUUAUGGUUUUAUACUUAAUGCAAAACUGACACGUCAAAAGUAACCACUGCAUUUGCUGCUCAGUUUACCUAUUCAGGGUCAGGGUUCAGUUAUCUUUAACCAAGUGUAACCCAUGCUUGCAUUGUGGCAGUUCACCCAAAUGCCUCAGUACAAAACUGCAUAAUGUGGGUAUCAUAAAGACCAUUGAACUCCACUGACUCGGCAAGUAGUGAUUAGGUGCCAAAUGUUCUGGAUAGAUGACACUAAAGUCUACGCUGCAUUUUUGUAGUUUUAUUCUUAGAAAAAGGAUCAAUCAUCGGACUGGACUAACAGUAUUAUAACAAAUUUGCUCAAUUACAGUUAACUUUAAUUUUGGGAAUAAUCAUUGUAAAUGAAUAGUCUCAGUAUUGUAAAGGGGGAGGGUGAACAACUCGUGGUUGUAACACAUUGCUGCCAACGGCUGAGGUAGAAAAGGGGGGCGAGGUCCUGCAACAUGAAUGUGGGGAAUUAGGUAGUAGAUUAAAUAACACCAACCUCUAUGAUUGUAAUCUGUAGGUUACCUCCAGUGUGUAAAGAAAAUAGGUCAGAUGAAUACAUGACUAAAGGAAUGGUUUCAGAGGGAAGUUUUUGUGAUCAUUGAGACACUCCUAGGAUUGGCUGGGACUAUACAAGGCCAGAUUGUACCUGAAUCAGGACGGGUCCUAAAUUGUUGCAUGGAGGUUUGCUCAUACUGUUGGAGCAGUUUUAAACUAUUGUGGCAAGGGAGUGGGACACAGAGGGAAUGUACAUUUGGGAAGGGAAUGCAAACAACUAUAGAACAAAAGCUAGAUCAGACCAGCAGGUGGAGCAGACACAGGCACAAUAAGGCACAUGGAUGGACUGGGAAGCUAGAAUGCUUUAAUGGAAUUGCGAUUACAGAGACAUGGUGCCGCAAAGAAAGGGUAAGCAUAUCUGUGUCCCAGGGUAUCGGAUCUUCAAGCCGGGUAGAGGGUUAGAUAUAUCAGAGGUGGUAUCGUAGUGAUUAGGGAUUCCAACUGUGCAGCACUUAGAGAGGAUAUCCUAGAAAAUUCUUAAAACUAAACCCUAUGGGUCUACCUUCGAUGGGUGGUCACUUUGAACUUGUACUAUAGUUCUCCCAACAGUCGGCAGGAGAUACAUAGGCAAUUCGGAAGUGUUACAGUUGUUUUAAACUUUUAAACUUUGCCAGUAUUAACUAGGAUCACGUUUCAGUGUGGAAAGGAUUAGAUGGAGUGUGAUUUUUAUAGUGUAUUCAAGGGAGCUGGUGCUGGUACAUUAAUAGCAUUUGUAGGGAUGGGUCGGGGCUAGACCUAAUUGUGGGGCAUGAAGCUGGGUAUGCAGAUGAAGUGUCAGUGAUUGAACACUUUGGAGGUGACGACUUCAACUCAAGUAUUAAAGUGAUUAUGGAAAAGGGGUAAGGAUGAUAUGGAAAUCAAGUUUCUAAAUUGGGGAGGGCAAAUUUCUACAAGAUUAGACACAACCUGGUAAUCUUUGCAGCUGUUUGCAGAUCAAUCUGUCCAGCAGGUGGGAAUCUGUUUAAGUGAAGCACUAGGUUCAGGGCCAGCAUGUUGCUGUAAAUAUGAAAGGUGAGGAAGGCAAAUCACAGAUAUCACAGGUUUGAUUAAGAAAAGGAAACAUAUAUACUGAAGAGGAGGGCAUCCCUUCAGGAGUAUAGGGUGUAGCCUGGGUGCUCAGAAAGAAAUUAGGAGGGCAAAGAAAUACCACUAGCCGGUAAGAUCAAGGAAAAUCCCAAGACAUUCUAUCAGUAUGUUAAGAGCAAGAGCAUAGCCAGGGAAAGAGGUCCAUUGGGGACCAGUGAGGCAAGCUAUGCAUGAAGCAACAGGAGCCUUAAAUUAAUAUCUUCCAUACACGCCAAGGAUAUUGCGGCUAGAGAUUUCAAAGAGAAAGAUAAUGUUCUGGAGCAUGUUAUCCAUAAAAAGUACCAGGCACAUAGUUGUAUAUGUGCGCCAGGGUGCUGAAAAUAGAAUAUAAGAGCAGGGAGGGCACUUUUAUUGCUGCAGUAUAGAAAGUUUCUUCUGGAGAGGAUGCAGAGGUGAUUCACCAGGAUGCUACCUAGGAUGGAAUAUCUCAGUUAUUGGAAGACCCCGAGGUUGGGCUUGUUUUCCUUACAGCGAGAAAACUGAGUAGCGACUCAAUGUUGAGGCCUGGGAGAGGGGAUCCAGUAGUAAACUCUUACCCACAUAGACACAAAAAGCUGGAGUAACUCAGCGGGACAGGCAGCAUCUCUGGAGAGAAGGAAUGGGUGGCGUUUCAGAUCAACACUUCAGACUGAGAGUUAGCGGAGAGGGAGAUACAGAGAUAAGGAAGUGUAAGGUGUGAGAACGAGACAUCAAGGGAAUGAAGUUCAAGGAAGAUGUGGAAUAGAUCAUUGUUAGCUAGAGGAAGGUGACAACGAAGCAUACAGAGAUAACAUUUAAUCAGGGGGACAGUCAGACUGGUCGAAGAACUAGAAUGGGGAGGGGUGGAGAGAGGGAAAGCAAGGGUUACUCUUUUACCCACAGCAGUCGUGUCUGUAACCAGAGGGCACAAGUUUAAAGCGAGGAGUAAGAGGUUUGGAAUGGGUAUAUGGAGGUUUGGAAGGGAUUACCUAGAGGGUGGUACAGGCAGAUACUCUUCAAACAUAUCGGACGUAUUUAGAACAGCAGUUGAAUCUCCAUGGCAUAGAAGAAUAUGGACUCAGUGCUGGUAAAUGUGAUGUGUAUAGAUGAUAACUCUAUGGUUGGCAUAGAUAUGGUGAACUGAUGGUGUCUUGUGUCUGUGCUGUAUGCCUCUAAGAAUCUAUUCAUCCUUUCCAAUUCCCAGGCAUCUGAUUUUAAAAUUUAAGCACAAUUUGUACUUUAAGACAAAAGAUUUCUGACGGUUUUAAUAUUUUGGGGUUUUAUGAUCAUCAAUUCCCGAAUUUUAGCACCAGUGACCUCUUGCAAGCUUGCUUCAGUUGGUGGACGUGAACAGUUAACAUUGAUCUUCAGGUAUUCCAGAUUAGAAGUAGUACGUUAAGGCUAUGCAAAUUUUAAAAAAAAAAUCAACUUUUUUUUUGUUGCGUACACGUUUUUGUUAAAAACAGGUUAUUCACCAAAAUAUUAAUGAGGUUAGAAAUAACAUUUUUAACUUUCAGGUAACUCCAGUUUACUUGUGCAACAUUUCCCUUUCCUGCUCAAAUCUUUGUUUCUCUACCCGGUACAUUGCAGGUUUUUUUAAAGCUAGAAAAUCAGGCACUCACUGUGAAUUAAUAUGCACAAAACAAGUGCUUAUUUUUAACAUCAGAUUGCUUAAUGUACUGACAAACAUUAUGCAUUGAUUCAGACAAGGAAAUUGGUGUCAAAACAGAAAAAUCUGUCCCCAUACUUCAAACAGAGAGGGGAAAAAAGGGCAAAUGCAAUGGUGUAUAUAUUCUACAUGUCCACUUGUACAGCCAUGGAAUAGAUUGUCAGCUGGUGCACCAUCUCAAAAACACAAGUUGAUAUCUGCCAGGAGGAAUUUUCUCUACCGGGCACUUGUCUAUGGAGUGUGGUUUGUAUCAUUCAUCCACCGGAAAAUGGUUAAUUAUUUACAUAGUGAUGACUUUUUAUAUAUUGAAAAAUGCAGCCUACAUUGGGUGAAUUUGUUAAUUAUGCAAUAUAAUCAUUGUUCCUAUUGUUUAAACAUUUUGACCACUCAUUUUGUGGAGAUAAUGAUACAAAUGCCAUUCUAUUAUUAAGUGUUGCUUACCUCAGAACUUGCCAACAGUUCUUAAAGCAGUUUGUGAUGCACAUACCUCUAAACAGUUGUUUGCUUUAGUCUGUAUCAAUGUUUUGUGCAUUUGUGGGCACAAAUUACUGUAAUAUGGAUAUGUACUUGGGGGGUUUUGUUUUGAAAUUAUCUAGCAAAUGGAGGUCUAGGGCAGGCCUGGUUGGAAAGAUGGGAGAAAGUGUUGAAUAUUGUACAGAGAUAUUUGCUGUUUCCCGAAGAAUAAACUAUAUAGUGACUGCUGUA